UGUCACUGGACCUCUCAAAUCAGCUGAGUUUGGCGUGUGAAAAAGUCGACCUGAGAAUAAAUCUGAAGUUUCAAUCAGAAAUCCAGCCAACAUGAAGGUCAUCUACAACACCCUGUUCAAGCGCACCUCCACCUACGCCGUGGCCAUCAUCGCGUCGGCGUUCUUCUUCGAGCGCGCCAUCGAUGUCACGUCGGUCGCGAUCUUCGAGGGCAUCAACAAAGGCAAACUCUGGAAGGACAUCAAGGGCAAAUACGAAUAGAUCACCAUGAUUCGUUGUAAUUAGCAAUAAUAACCAACGUUUAUUCUAAACGAAACCAAAA